AUGCUGAUCUCCAGAACGUUUGAUAUUAAAUCAAUACGAAACCAUAAAUAUCAAUGGUUUAUCGUUGGAUUCAUAUUGUUUAUGAUGCUGAAUAUGUAUUUUCUUCGAAUUCGCAAUGAAGAACAAAUGACAAAAGCCGGUAUGGUAGAUUCUUCUCAAUGCAAGACGUCAAUGAUUCAGAGUGAUCGGUUUAUGUGUGAAUCGGAAGAUAAAUGGUUAUCACGACGAAAAUUCUAUUUAAAUCAGCAUGAGAAGAAUAUUCAUACGAUGAAUGAAUAUUCAGGCUAUUUCCAGAAGAACUGGCUUCCUGAUUUUCAAUGCCCGAAAGAGACAUUGAUCGGGCAUGGUGAUGGUGGUAAAUGGGCAUGUAAUAUUGAAGAUUUGAAAUCAAAAGCAUCGUGUCUGAUUUAUUCACUUGGUUCACAUGGAGAGUUCAGUUUCGAACGAAGUGCUCGUCAACUUUUUCCUAAUUGUUCUAUUCACACAGUCGACAUGAAAUCUUACUCAUGUCCAGCCGGUGUGUGUAAUUUUCGACAAGCAAAAUUAGGUGAUGGACACAACGGAUCCAUAUCGUUACGACAAUUGAUGACACAGUUGAAUCAAACGAAUGCCGAAAUUGAUAUUUUGAAAAUCGACAUUGAAUACGGGGAAUAUUCGUUUCUCCAUGCAUUCUUCUCCAAUAAUGAAUUCAAUCGAAAGCAGCAGCCUGUUUAUAUUCGACAAAUUCUCGUUGAAAUUCAUCUCGACAAUAAUCGUAUCUUGGAAACAAAUGCGCUAUUCCAUUUACUCAAUUCGCAAAACUAUGUGAUCUUUCAUAAAGAUAUAAAUCAACUUUUUCCAUACUAUGCUUGUGAAUAUGCUCUGCUUAGAUUAAAUAGAGCAUUUUUUCGCGAAAAUCUUUCAUAA